AUGGCUCCUUGGGACUUUUGGACUUUGACUUCAGCUUUGGAGCUUCUUGGAGUCCAGGAAUUUCUUGCUGCCUUCACUGCUGCCUUGGUGAGCUUAGCUCACAAAGGUUUUUCUGCAUUGGGACCUUGCCUGGAUCCUGCCCAGCUUGCUGGUCUACAGGCCGGUCACAACCUCUCCUCUGUCCGAACUUCUCGUCGUCAAUCUAUUGAAGACAAUGAAGUGUAUUUGCCUAAUGAUGAAAUUUGGAUCUAUGAAAUUGACAAUGGGUUGUGGACAAUGCACCUCAUGGAAGGAGAACUCCCUACAUCCAUGUCAGGAAGUUGUGGUGCUUGCAUUAAUGGAAAACUGUACAUUUUUGGAGGAUAUGAUGACAAAGGAUACAGCAAUCGACUCUAUUUUGUUAAUUUGCGAACAAGAGAUGGAACAUUCCAGUGGGAAAAAAUCAUCGACUUUAAAGGACAGCCACCUACACCACGAGACAAACUUUCUUGCUGGGUAUACAAAGACAGGUUAAUAUAUUUUGGUGGUUAUGGAUGUAGGAAACACAGUGAACUCCAAGACUGUUUUGAUGUUCAUGAUGCAUCUUGGGAAGGGCAGAUAUUCUGGGGUUGGCAUAAUGAUGUCCAUGUUUUUGAUACAAACACACAGACUUGGUUUCAACCAGAAAUAAAAAAUGGAAUUCCACCACAGCCUCGAGCAGCUCACACAUGUGCAGUUCUUGGAAAUAAGGGCUAUAUUUUUGGAGGACGAGUAUUGCAAACUAGGAUGAAUGAUUUGCACUGUCUGAACUUAGAUACUUGGACUUGGUCUGGAAGAAUUCAUACUAAUGGAGAGAAACCAAAACAUCGAUCUUGGCAUACUUUGACACCAAUUGCUGAUGAUCAGCUGUUUUUGUUUGGUGGAUUAAGUGCAGAGAAUAUUCCUUUAAGUGAUGGGUGGAUUCACAAUGUUAUAACAAACGGUUGGAGACAGCUUACACAUUUACCUAAGACGAGACCCAGGUUAUGGCAUACUGCCUGUUUGGGAAAAGAAAAUGAAGUAAUGGUAUUUGGUGGUAGCAAAGAUGAUUUGCUUUUUAUGGAUACAGGUCACUGUAAUGAUUUAUUGAUCUUUCAAACUCAACCAUAUUCACUUCUUAGGUUAUCUCUUGACUGCAUUGGUAAAAACGCUGUCAUCUUAGAAAGUCAGAUAACUUUAUUACCUCCAAAGCUUCUUCAGCAAGUACUCAAAAAAAUAACAUUUUGGACUGCAGCUAAUCAUCGACAAGAACAAAGAGCUAAAACUGAAGAAACAGACAAAUAUCUUUGAAUUAACAUUGUUAUAUAUUUAUUUAAUAUGUUUAACAUUUUGGAAAAGACUACUAUUAAUAGAGUUUUAGUUCUGGUCUUCCCCCUAAAAAAGUAGUAUUUGGGAGCAAAAAAGCUACUUUUAGAAUUUUCUGUAACAUGGGAAAUGAAGGCCGUUAGAUCAAGAAUGGCAGAAUAAUUU